AUGGUUAAGUGAAUAAUGUCGACCAACCACAAAGACAUCGGAACUUUAUAUUUUUUAUUCGGGAUAUGAGCAGGUAUGCUAGGAACAUCAAUAAGAUGAAUUAUUCGAAUUGAACUUAGACAACCUGGCUCAUUUAUUGGAGAUGAUCAAAUUUAUAAUGUAAUUGUUACUGCUCAUGCUUUUGUAAUAAUUUUUUUCAUAGUUAUACCAAUUAUAAUUGGGGGAUUUGGGAAUUGACUAGUGCCAUUGAUAAUUGGCGCACCUGAUAUAGCAUUCCCUCGACUCAAUAAUAUAAGAUUUUGACUUUUACCUCCUUCCUUAUUACUUUUGUUAGUCAGAAGAACAUCAAGAACAGGUGUAGGGACAGGAUGGACAGUUUAUCCCCCCUUAUCGGGUAACAUUGCUCACAUAGGAUAUUCUGUUGACUUUGCGAUCUUCAGAUUACAUCUCGCAGGAAUAAGAUCUAUUUUAGGAGCAAUCAACUUUAUCUCCACUAUUUUAAAUAUACGUCCUGCGGGGAUAACCUUAGAACGAACUCCCUUAUUUGUAUGAUCCGUAGGAAUCACAGCAAUACUACUACUACUUUCUCUACCAGUACUUGCUGGAGCAAUCACCAUAUUAUUAACUGAUCGUAAUUUCAAUACUUCAUUUUUUGAUCCAGUAGGGGGGGGAGAUCCUGUACUUUACCAACACUUAUUUUGAUUUUUCGGACACCCUGAAGUAUAUAUUCUAAUUCUACCAGGAUUUGGUUUAAUUUCACAUAUUAUCAGUAAAGAAAGAGGAAAAAAUGAAACCUUUGGUCCUUUAGGCAUAAUCUAUGCUAUAUCGGCAAUCGGGAUCCUAGGAUUUAUUGUUUGAGCACAUCACAUAUUUACAGUAGGAAUAGAUGUAGACACUCGAGCAUAUUUCACCUCUGCAACUAUAAUUAUUGCUGUACCAACAGGUAUUAAAAUUUUCAGAUGAAUCGCUACACUGUAUGGAAGAAAAAUGUCAUUCUCACCAUCUAUUAUAUGAGCAAUAGGGUUUGUAUUUUUAUUUACCAUUGGCGGUAUAACAGGGGUAAUUUUAGCUAAUUCAUCUAUUGAUGUAGCAUUACAUGAUACUUAUUACGUAGUAGCACAUUUCCAUUAUGUACUUUCAAUAGGAGCCGUAUUUGCUAUUAUGGGAAGAUUCAUUCAAUGAUUCCCCCUUUUUACAGGAUUAACAAUAAACCCAAAAUGAUUAAAAAUUCAAUUCUUAACCAUAUUUAUCGGUGUAAACAUAACCUUCUUCCCGCAACACUUCUUAGGAUUAAACGGGAUACCGCGUCGAUAUUCAGACUAUCCUGAUAUAUAUAUAUCUUGAAAUGUGCUAUCAUCUCUAGGUAGAACAAUCUCAAUUAUAAGUAUUUUCAUAUUCAUAAUAAUCAUCUGAGAGGCUCUUGUAUCAAAACGUAAAAGCCUGUUUAAUAAUAAUAUACCUUCCAAUAUUGAAUGAUUACAACUUUCCCCCCCCAGAGAACACUCUUAUAACGAGUUACCAAUUAUUUGCUCAU